UUGAAGGAUUGAUCUAUAGCGUCAGUCACAUGAGAGAGGACGAGAGGGCUUUUUUGUUUACUCAACAUUCUUCAGGUUUCAUUUCUCUGUCGAAGCUUUACGCUACUGGUUUAAGCAGAAAAUGUGGACGUAUUUUCUAAUACCUUACCUGAUGUUGUUUUACUUCAGUGGAGAUGUUGAAGGGGUGUGUCAGAAUGACGAAACUGACGCUCUGUGCAAUCAACGUGCAUCUGAUGGCGAGUGCUACUUUAGGAGUGUGUCCAUGGGAUGUCAAUGCGCUCUUGCUUGUCAGAGUCUUUCAUCCUGUCCAAAUCAUCCAUCUGAUGGCGACACUGACUGCUCGUGUAAAAUUGCACAUAUUGUCGGCGAAUGUGGCGUGAACAAGACCAAGUGCCCACACACGUGUCACCUCAGAGACGUUGUCACAUGUGACGGUCUGGAGGUGGUGUCUGGUGCGGCCGCUUCCAGAACCAACCCCCGGUAUCUUGACAUCGUCACCUACAACUGCCUCCCUGGAUACGACUUCGUCAACGGAAGCAGCGGGAAGAGAGUAUGCACGGAAGAUGGGAGCUGGUUUAAACACGUGGUUGAUGGGACGGCGCCAUAUUGUAAAAAGAUAUCUUGCGGUUUGAGCCCAUCAUUCGAGAACGUCACAGCAUCCCAUGAUGAUGGCGUGUUUGGCGACGUCAUAUCAUACUCUUGCAACACGCACUACAUACAAGUGGGCGGUAGUAACGGCAGUAUGCGGUGCAACGAGACGGGAAGUUGGGACCCGGACCUGGUGUAUGGGGACCUACCAUUAUGUGAAGAGAUAUCUUGCGGUUUGAGCCCAUCAUUCGAGAACGUCACAGCGUCCCAUGGUGAUGGCGUGUUUGGCGACGUCAUAUCAUACUCUUGCAACACCCUCUACAUACAAGUGGGCGGUAGUAACGGCAGUAUGCGGUGCAACGAGACGGGAAGUUGGGACCCGGACCUGGUGUAUGGGGACCUACCAUUAUGUGAAGAAAUAUCCACGACUAAUUACAUGUCAGCGUCUAGUGUCCCCGUCGCCCAUAACGCCGCGUCAACGUUGACGUCUGCAGCCACGUCAGUAGCUUCUGCUUCUUUUACGGAUGCUUCGUUUAGUAUACUCACAGAUCACUGGAGCGACUCGGGCAGCAUCCCAACAUCGUCUACACCAACACCGUACACUGCGAUACCGUCAGAGUACACACUUCUGCCACCGACGCUUUCUGAAAUGGUUACAUCUACUUCAGCCACUGUACCAUCGCUGACGUCAACACUCGCUGUAUCAUUAUCAACUUCAUAUAACAUCGACGAUGCAACUGUACUUGUUGUACACUGUUUCCCCGUUAAUGUGACGCGUUCUUCAGACGCGUAUACUGAAAAUAUUCCAAUCACGAAGAAAUUUGUUCCUAGACUGAAAGAAGCUAAAGGAGGUAAAGCUCUGGGUUCUGUGGCCAUUAUAAUACUGGUGUCAAGCAUGCUGUGUGUUGUGAUAGUCGAUUUAAUGAGCAUUAAACGGCAUUGCAAAUCUUUCAAGACAAAUCUGCGGGCAAUGAAAAUACGAUGUCGGGAAGUUUCCAAUGAUGACGUCGUGCACUUUGAAGAAACCAAACCGACUGGAACGAAAGCAGCUGACGACAGCGACAAGGUCGACUCAGUUGUUGAGAUCUCCUGACAAAACCUGUAUUUGAGAUGAAGUAUUUGAGAAUGCUGUGAUGAGUCGCGCUGUAAAAUACCCUGUAAUACAUAACAGUGAAACUAAAAAUAUUUCAGCUCUACAUACAUUUGACGCUAUCAAC